AUGGGGAAGCAUCGUGGUCGCGGACCGGGGGCUACGCGGCCCCCAGCGCCCAAAGGAGGCGCACUGGUGGUCGUGAAUCCAUCCAUGCUGCAAUCUUCAGGUCGUAGUAUGUCGAAACUGCGGCAGAACAGCAAGAAGAAGCAGCAGAAUCAGCUUAAAAAGCGCAAGGUGACCAAAAACGAUUCUGAUAGAUCUCAGAAGAAGCGUAAGAAGACGCAAGAGGACAAGGCAAUUGUCAGCAACGUGACUGUAUCUAGUGCGGCCAAAUUAACGCGAGAGGAGGGCGGUCGUGCGUCCUGUACGGCACUGCGAGUGAAGAGAGACGCCGAUGUGCUUGCCGGACUCUACUGGGUCUUGCUGUCUCGCAACACGCCACGCCCGUGUGUAGUGGCAUUGCCCAAUCAUGACCAGACGACUCCCGCCCAACUAGCUGCUAUGCUCAAGCAUCUUGGACUCCAAGCGGUGGCUUUGCACCGCAAGAUGACGUCAGGGCAGAGGAACGAAACGGUGCAGAGACUCAAGACGUCGGUGUCUGUAUCGUCACCUGCGCAUGCAAUGGUGCUGGUGACGACUGAACAGUUGUUACCGAGUACAGCGAAUACUAAGGCGAAUGUAGCGCUGGUAGGAGAUGUGAGUAGUGCCACAAGUGACGUGGCGACAGCGAAGUUCGCUCACGUACACCACGUCACAGCUGGUCAAGAGCUGGAGCGUUCGAAUACGUUCCGACCAGAGCUGACGACGCCGUGUUUACAGCAAUUGCAAGCGCGACUUAAACUAUCGCGACAGAUUGUGGAGAUCUCGCAGCGUGUUAGUAAGACUGGGGCUGCUCAGGACGAUGACAAAUGGACACGGAAGUUUGCGAAAGGAGCGGAUCUGGACGAUGACGACGACGACCAGAAGAAGAAGAAGAAGAAACGUGCAAUGACUCCGGAUGAACAGAGACUGCAGGCGUUGACCGACAAGCUCUACGUUGUACUCACUCGUAAAUUGCCUGGCACCAAAGUUAACGCAUCGAGUGGAGACCAGGAGGCUGAUAGCCAACACCGUCGUGAGAAGCUGGAAGCGCUGGGUCUGGUCACUGUGAGCGCUGCAGUGGGUACAGCCAUGACCGAUGAACGUACUUCUGCUCAGACGCAGUGGAUGGACUUUGCAGAGGGGAAAGCACACGGCGGACAAUGGGAAGGCGCUGUACGUCAUGGAGCAUCAAAAGACGCAACAUCUGUCGAGGUCCGUAAGAAACUCUGUGCAGCUCGUGGUAACGUCAACAGCACAAGCUUCUUAAGCAAGUGGAUGCCGAACAAAGAGCCUGUCGACACUGAGAAGUGGGGCGGAGCGUUCGGAAAGGUCUGCGGACACAACGAAGUGGUGAUGAACGAACUGCGGGCCUUUUAUCCGCAAGAAGUGGUGAACUCGAAAGUCUGCAGCAAACUCUUCCCAGCACCUGGUAACCAAGGCUUUGACGGUUGUCUGGAACACUUACGCUAUGCCUGCAUCGCUCAAGCCUCGAGUAUGACGCUAUGGGAUGCCGAGCACUUCGUCUUCAUCUCGUCACGUGGACGUGUCACGUGGUGCACGAAGAACCAACUCUUGUCGCUGUCCCUGGCAAGUCUGCAGUGUCUUGUGCCCGCGCUUCGAAGCUGGACUGCUGUCUGCACUGGACACAUGCCACCUCGAGCGGUUCUUCGCGCGAUUCAGCUCUGUUGUCAGCUCGGCAGUGGCGACAGACGUCCGAGCGAUGACAAACUGCCGCCUAAGACUCUGAAGCGCAUCGUGAGCUUCUUGUUUGGCGGUUCUGUCAGACUGUGGCGGCAAAUCGCCAAGGUGUCGAUGCUAGAAGAGGAAACAGUGUACGAUUCCCAGUGA